GUAUCCCACCACUCAACAGUACAACGACGCUGUCAAUGCUCUGCUGCAGGCCCACCCUUUCCUGGAUGAGGACGGCUGCGGCUUCGAAGAAUCUGUUUCUUUAGAUUCUGAGGUGGAUGAGCACAUUAACUGGUUCCAGCAAGAGUUUAUGAAAACAGACAGGGACUGGAGAGAAGUGGACAAGAGGAUGAGCCAGACUUUGGAAAUAAGAAGAAGGAUGAUUGGCGGCCGAACUCCUCUCAAGGACAUUCUUAAGAUGUUUCCCUUCCUGAAGUGCCCUUACCAGAUGUUCAGAGAAGUUCAAAUUCUUACAAAAACAGAUAUUUAUAAGAAAACAAGGCAUAUCCUGGAAUCCUACUCGGAAAAUAUACUGUCUGCCUUUUCAGUGCUGGACAAUCCAAUCAACACAGCCCUGCAAGAGAAGAUGAAACACCACAAGGACGAAGGGGUGCUGAAGUAUAUGAAGAUGACUGCCACGUGUUUACUCCUUCCACAUGUUUUUGGGGAUGAGCCCAGCCUUUUUGUCGUUCAGAAUGAGAAGGUACAUGUGUCCACACCUGUGUUGGAAGUUAAAAACCCUUUCCACAUCAACGGCUGUGAGUUUUCUUUGUAUUUGAACAAAGAGAAGCUUACGAAGGUGGAUGACUGUGUCACCGCUCUGGCUGCUUUGGUGGCUGCUUUCCAUGUGUUUGGGAUCGAGUGUCCGAGAAGACUGUCCCAAACCUUCAACUUCCUAGAGACAUUGAUCUUUGAUGUGCAGUCCCCGGUUUCCCUCUUUGAAAGAGAAGGAAAUCAGUUCUCAACCUCUGAUCACUAGAGCAUCUGAAUGAACCCUCCAGGGUGUUGGAAGCUUCAUAAAUAGUUGCAGAUUCAUCUUAGAAUAUCUAUUGCCUUAGAGGUAGGGGUUAGAAAAAUCAUGUUGUCUGCAGCAUCAAUGGAUUUUUGAAGUCUCUCUAUAACUUAGAUAUUUAGGGUUUUUUGUGAAGUUCAGUAAUAAAAUAUUAAUUAAA